AUGCUUCGGAGACACUCAUCAAAGUCCCGGCCGGAUAUCAAGCAACGCAAAUCGACAUCGCCCACUCGCCCCGGUGGCGUGCAUCUCGAGCAUAUUGAAGUUGAGGAUGCCCGACGGGAUGCCCAUGCAGCGGCCACAGAAGCCUUUGUUCGCAGUCAACAGCGCAACAAGGUCGCUGACGCGCCGCUGUUUCCGGAUUCAGUCCCGAGGCGGGCGAAUUCGAUCCGCGAGGGGUUGAGGAGACAGCAAAGCGUAAGAUUUGUCCCAGACAGAGACGACGGUAGUGAUAUUGAGAGGACGGGAAGCCAUCAAUCAGAUAUGCGUGGUGGAUUGGGUCCCUCGAGGGGCGGUAAGGAGCGUGGAGAAGUCCGCAACAAGGAAAAUAUGAGACCACCACACGAGGGCGAUAUGGUUCCAUCAUCGGAUGAGCCUUUUGUCUCCGAUCUGACCUCCAAGCUUGGUUUGCGAAGGUCCAAAUCCAUGAUAUCUGGUGCGGGCGAAUUAGGUCCGGCACGUCCAGAGCGUACGUCAAGCAUCAAAUGUUCGAGUCAGGCUCGAGUCCAGAUCCGGAGUGACUCGCCUCAGUCAUCGUCUGCUCGCAGAUCCAACGAAACCAAUGAUACUUCAGCCCUGAGCUUACGUGCUCCCAAGUCUAUGAGUUUUCUACCGUCGUCAAGGCGGGAGAAUUCGCAAAAUGACUCGGUUAUCAGCAUGGCUUCAAGCCACAAAGAGACCGCGAACCAUGCAGAAGCACCAAGUAUCUACUCGCAACGAACCACCAUCUCAGGACGGCUCAGAGUUGCCCCUUCCAUGUUGUUUCGUUCUGGCAGUAUACGGUCAAUUGGAUCCGGCCGACGCUCCAUGCGUAUGUCAAUGCGAGACGGCCCUGAUGAAAGCAUCCAGUCCGCAAUUAUUCGCGCGGAAAUUGGAUCGCGGCGAUCCAGAAAUUCAAGCUUGACAGGGAAAGCGAGAAGAGCUUCUCAGACCCUGAAGUCAAGGAUCAAGACACUGUUUGGCCGACGCAGUAAGGACCAUGGGAAGGCUGUUGGUGUUGAGGCAUUCGAGAAGGCAACUGAAGCCGAGCAGCAGCAAGACGCUGCAUCCAACGCAGCCGGCUCUGUUCGUACGAGUCUGAGCCUGGGUGUCAGAAGUAUGCAAGAGGAGGGAACUCUUUCUCAAGUAUCAUCAAGAGUACCUACUGUUCAAACUGUCGUUCAAGAGCAAUUGAUCCGGUCACGCAAGGGCAGCUUGGCCAGUCUGCAAAGUGAAUGCCGGAUGACGGCCUCGGAUGAUAUCUCAAGAGCAACCAGCUGGGGAAGUACUGGCCAUUCGACUGUUGCGAGCCAGCAACAAGCUUGGAGUGAUUGGCAGCAGCAACGACUCUCCGUGAUCACGGAGAACGCUGCAGGUGUGGCUUCGGUGUCUUCACCAGGAGAUAGACACACUCUCAGUGCCGAGCCUGCCGAAGAUAGGCGUGUAUACUCGGCCCUCGCCAAGCGACUUGCAGAAAGGCAGAAGUUGGCCGAGGCUGGGUCCAAGGCCAGCGAUGAUACCUCUGGAACCCAUAAUGGCAGAGAAAACCGAGCAGAGAUGUCAGUGAACAGCAUAUAUUCAACUGUUGGUGAGCCGGAGGGCGGCACAAUCAGAUGUGUGACAGCUUCGACAGAGACGCUAGAGCACUGUCAAACCACCGCUCCGGUAACCUCCAAGCUCGACAGCUCGGCCAAGGUGGCUAACCGUUGGACCGCAUCGAUAUCAUCACUGGAGUCGGCGGCAUCUGAAACCAAGCCAAAGCGGCACGAAUCACGCUGCUCCACCCCCGAUCUGCCCAGUCUAGGGAUGCCGAGGUCGAACAGGAGCUCUGCAUUCUUUGGCAGCCCUACAUGCUAUCUGUUUAGGACAACAUCUCCGUAUCGUCGGGCUCUGAAGGAAAGCAACAAGGCGGCAUUAGCGGCAGCGGCAGCAGCGGCGCAUGGUGUGCAACCGUCACCGCUGGCCAGGUCAGUCGAAUCCCUGAAACUGCCUAGCUCUAUCAUGUCCGGGCAGCCAUGGAACGUGGACGAAAAUGCUGAGUAUUCCGAGAGUGUCUAUUCUGGAGAUGAGAACAACGACCAAUCAAACAUUUCCGGAUCCGACACAGCCAGAGAGGCAGUGAAUGGAGACGAUGAAUCAGGGAAGGUGUCAAAAACUGCACCGCACUUGUCCAGGCGCAAUAUGGCGACCUCGUCCGAGUCUAUCGACUGGAAGACUUGGCUCGCGGCCAAUGUGAGCAAGUUGGAGAUGCAGCCUUCGCCCGUCCAUAGCAAUGAACCUGUUUCGUCAUACUUUGGGCACUCGGCGCAGGGCCAUAGACGGGAGGCGACACAGAUCUAUGAUGAUGCGGAUUACGCGCACGCUGAUGAAGAUGACAACAAACCCCUGACCGAACAUGACAAAUCGGUGCACGCAGAACAGACGACAGCGGCGGAUGAGAAGCAGACGACGCCACUGGGCGAGGUGCAGCACAACGCAACUCGGGCACCAUCCUACCACGGACAGGCAACGUCGAGCAAGUUGGCAGAGAACCAGGCACCACGAACGCCGACCCGGGCAAAGUCAGGGUUGGCGCGAGCUCGAUCACUCUAUCGUACACGUACCAGCGGGGACGGAUCCCCCUGCCGACCGCAGGCUCCAGUAUCUGUCAAGUUAGUAAGAAGGCGAACCGCUGCAGUUGACGCUGCGAGUCCGGAAAAGUCGGGCCUGGACGACAUGGCACAGCAGACGGCAGCAAAGUCUGGCGUUAGACACGAGAAGACCACGGCAACAGCCAGUAGGAGGAUGGUUGAUUUGUUCCUAAGCAGCAGGCGGAGGCGGAUGACGAGCAGUAAGGAUGCCGGCGAUGCGUUUGUCUGA